AUGAGAGCAUUUCAUCUCUUUUCUGGAUAUUUCACUCGUAAUGAUAACCUAGUGCGUGGACCAGCUCGCGCUACUAAAGCACCUCCUACAGUGAUUUGUUAUGUAUGCGGUCGACAGUUCGGAUCUAGAAGUAUUGAGAUACAUAUCCCUCAAUGUUUGAAGAAAUGGGAGCUCGAGAACGAACGAUUACCGAAAUCCAAACGUCGACCACCUCCACCCAGGCCAGAUUGUACAAUCCUUGGGACAGUCGAUAAGUACGCAGUGAAUGAAGCUGCAUGGACAGCUUCUCAAGCAGCAUUGGUAGCAUGUGAACACUGCGAGCGCACGUUCAAUCCGGAUCGUUUGCAGAUACACCAACGCAGUUGUACAAAGGAGAAACCCGCUAAAAGAGUCACCACUACUAACAUUAAGAAGCCAUAG